AUGGGUGGCGAGGAGGCGAGCGCCAGCGUUGCCAGCGCGCCGCAAAAGUGGAGUGACUACCAGGUGGAGUUCCACUUCCCAGAGCCGACUGACCUGGGCAGCAACAGCCUCAUGCAGCUCAUGGACGCAGACUUCAAGUACCCAGGCCGCGACGACUUUGGCCUGAAGAACGUCAACAUCGGCAUCGACAUGGGCAGCCGCGUCGCCAUCGUGGGGCCCAACGGCGCCGGCAAGACGACGCUCAUGAACCUGCUCAGCGGCGACCUCGAGCCGACGGCGGGCGAGAGCCGCCGCAGCGCCAAGCUGCGCAUCGGGCGGUACAACCAGCAUUUUGUGGACGCCCUGUCGAUGGACGUCAACCCGGUGGAGUACCUCAUGACUAAGUACCCCGAGUCUGGGCUGAAGCCCGAGGGCGUGCGCGCGAUGCUGGGCAAGUUUGGCCUCAGCGGCCACCACCACCUCGUGCCCAUCGUCAAGCUGUCGGGUGGCCAGAAGGCGCGCGUGGUGUUUGCGGGCAUCAGCCUGUCUCAGCCGCACAUCCUGCUGCUGGACGAGCCCACUAACCACCUGGACAUGCAGUCCAUCGACGCGCUGUGCGACGCGGUGGAGGAGUUUGGCGGCGGCGUGGUGGUGUGGAUCGUGGACAACGGCGAGAUCACGCCGUACGACGGCGACUUUGAGGACUACAGGGAUGAGCUCAUCAAGGAGAUCAGCGCUGAGCUGGACGCUGACGAGGAGGAGGCGGCCGCUGCGGCCGACCCCUUCAAACCAAAGAAGGUGGCCUGA